AUGGAAAUGGAUUCUAAGUAUAUAUCGACUGCGUUUGUUAAAAAAACUAAUAUCAAUAAUAGGCCGAAGCACAUUAUAUUUAACGGACCGAUUCCUCAAAAACUAGCAAAAUUAGAUGUUAAAUGCCAAUCACCCUCAGCAAAAUCAAGUCCGACUAAUUCUAAAAGUAUAUUAGAGCAAAGGCAGGGUCUUCCAGUUUACAAUGCACGACAAAGGUUAAUCAAUCUGAUAGAAAAACAUGAAAUAUUAAUUAUUAUUGGCGAAACUGGUUGUGGUAAAACAACUCAAAUACCUCAGUUUAUUUUUGAGGAAAGAAUAAAUGGGUCUAAAAUGAUUGGUGUUACCCAGCCUAGAAGAGUAGCUGCCACUACUUUAUCUGCCAGAGUAGCAGAAGAAAUGAACACAGUUUUAGGAGAAACUGUCGGUUAUUCAAUUAGAUUUGAAGAUUUGACUUCUCACAAUACGAAAAUAAAAUUUUUAACCGAUGGAAUGUUGUUAAGAGAAGCUAUUUUAGAUGAUAAACUGAUGCAGUAUAAUUUUAUAAUAUUAGAUGAAGCUCAUGAGAGAACAAUUCAUACUGAUGUAUUAUUUGGUAUAAUUAAAAAAGCUCAUAAAACGAGAAAAGAAAGAGGAUUACCUAUUUUAAAGGUUAUAAUUAUGUCAGCUACAAUGGAUGUAGACCAUUUUAGUUCAUAUUUUGGUGAUGUUCCUGUUGUAUAUUUAGAAGGAAGACAAUAUUCAGUAGAAGUAUUACAUGCAGUUCAAUCCCAAGACGAUUAUUUAUUUAGCUCUUUAGUUACAGUUUUUCAAAUUCAUCAAGAAGCUCCACCCAAUGAAGAUAUUUUAGUAUUUUUAACCGGCCAAGAAGAAAUAGAAAGUUUUGCUUUUAAAGUCAAGUCAAUAGUUAAGGAUUUAGAAAAUAUGACACCGCCAUUGAAAGUGUUGCCAUUAUAUUCCUCUCUUCCUAGCUUACAGUUAGCUGAAGCUUUCAAACCUACACCACAUGGUUUAAGAAAAAUAGUUAUUAGUACAAAUAUAGCUGAAACAUCAGUUACAAUACCUGGCAUUAAAUAUGUCAUUGAUUCAGGAAAAGUAAAGGCUAAAAUGUUUAAUCCAAUCACAGGAUUGGAUAUGCUUCAAGUUCGUACAAUAUCUCAAGCUCAAGCGUGGCAAAGAAGUGGUCGUGCGGGAAGAGAUUCAAGCGGUCAUUGCUACAGAAUAUUUACAAAAGAUGAAUUUGAUAAGUUUGAUAAAAAUUCUCAACCGGAGAUACUAAGGUGUAAUUUAGCUAGUGUUUCAUUACAAUUACUUACUCUAGGAAUAAAUAUUUUAAAUUUUGAUUUUAUGGACAAACCUCCAAAAGAGUCUUUAAAAUCGGCAUUGACAGAAUUAAAAUUGUUAGGAGCAAUUGACUGUGUGGAAAAACCUCAAUUAACAAAAUUAGGAAAACAAAUGGCUCAAUUUCCCAUUGAUCCUCGUUAUAGUAAAAUUCUUUUAUCGGCAAUUGAUUACGGUUGCUUAGAUGAAAUCAUUACCAUUAUUGCUUUGUUAUCCGGAGAAUCUGUUUUAAUUCAUUCGCUCACGAAAAGGGACGAAGCAAAAGAAGCGCAUAAAAAAUUUUUAUCUUCUUCUGGGGACCACAUAACUCUUUUAAACGUUUUUAGAAAUUUUAAAAAAAUGUCACAGCAAAAGCAAUGGUGUCAUGAAAAUUUUCUACAUUUUAGAAAUUUAGUUUACGCGUCAAACGUUCGUAAACAAUUAGUUGAAAUUUGCAAAAGAAACGACAUAACGAUAACAUCGUGUAAUUCAAAUAUUGAUCAAAUUCGUAAAUGUUUGGUGACUGGAUUGUUCAUGAACGUCGCCGAAUUGCAGUUGGAUAAAAAAUACAUGAUGCUGUCGACGAGACAAAUGGUAUCAAUUCAUCCAACAUCCGUACUGGGCGGUACUUUGCCACAUUGUGUUCUAUUUUCAGAAGUCGUACACACAACAAAAUGUUACAUAAGACAACUUACAGUAAUCGAUCCGGAUUGGUUAACCGAAACGAUGCCGGAAUAUUUUAGACAACACAGAUUGACAAUCUCUAGGUAG